CUGUGGCGCCGGGUCCAUUCACUGAAUGCACCUCCCUCUGCCGUAGCCGGCUGCUGUAAGGCUGAACGUCUGCUCCCUGUCCGAUGUGUGUCUUCGCUGUCGUUUAGGUCUCGGCCUGUAGCGUGUGUAGCUGGCUGAUGAGCCGUCUCGUAGCCGGUUCUCGUUGCUGCUAUUGCCGACCUGCAGAAGGGAAGGAAAACAGCUGCAGCAGCGACACACACAGAUCGACAAUACCGGCCGGAGCAGUCGCGUGCCGCCGACUAACUCUGCUGCAUUGGCUCGUUGACUGACUGGUCGGCUGGUUGACUGGAACUGAGCCGUUGUGCGGAACGCUGCCUGCUCGCUCGUUUGCCCGGUGGCUAGCUCAUUGACUCGAGAGCUACUAGCUGUUGCGCAUGCUCAUACUUGAAAGCGUCACUUAGUGCAACAAUUAUAACUGCUCGCACAACUAGUACUGCGAUAACUAGUAUCAUUAUCGACACGGCCACAGUAACGGCGACGGCAGCAGCAGUAGUCCCCCACUUUUAUUUCUUCUCCCGGUCGUCGAUACUGCAGCUGCCAUUGCUACCUCUGAUCGUGGUCGUCGUGCCGUCCUUCAUUGCCACACCACUAGCAUCAAGUAGCAGUAACGCUUAUUGUCAAUCUCCAGCGGUCAACGGCUGGUACUAUUAUUGUUGUUGUCAUUGAUGCUGCAAUUGUUGCUGCCGUCGUCAGAGUAAGAGCAAUAGAAGCUGCGGAGGAGUGAGUGAUCAAAGCCAAAGUGAAGUACGAGUCUCUAACAUACUUUAUUAGAACUUCUGCUACGACGAAGUCGUGUGUAUCAAAUAGAAAGCCAGUGGCGGUUGUAAUAGAGCAAAAAAAUAACUUGGCCAAACUAGAACACCCUCUCAGCUGCGACUGUACUGACCGUUUUGUUCGUUUUACUUUCGCUGUGACUGCGGGUGUCCCAACGAUUUCAAAAUUUCGCCAAUGACCUCCAGUUGCAGACGGCCACAAAGAAAACAGGAAAGAGAAGUUCUUAAAGUGUGCAUUCGACAACUGUUGUUACCGUAAGAAGAGUGUCGCUAUUGACUAACAACAAGGUUUCGUCAACGUCUUGUCGGCACAGAGAAACGCACGCUGUCCAUUAAAACCUUUCUCCCCGGGUCCUAUAGCAGCAGCAGCAGCAGCAGCAGCGAUAGCGGCUACCUCUGUGCCCCCUUAGGGUCCGUGGCUUAUGACGACCCGACGGGGCGUGGUGCCGCCGGCUUACUUCAGAUCAGUUCGUCAUAUAGCAAACACAAAUCCGGAACAAUUACGUGUCUCGCCGACAUACCAAACAAAAAAUAACUGUGUACGAGUUAGAUUUGUAGCAGUUACCGGGGUGCCGCGUGCCCAUGAUUUACUACGAGUGCCGUACAACCACAGCAUACUAAAGGCUCCAGGUUUGAUAGCAACAGCUACAGUAGCUCUGCUGUGUCCGUGCGUGUAGUGAGCGUGUUACCUUUGCCAUAUUUGUGUCUCUGUGCUCUAUCUUUUUGUCUGUAUUUUUACCUAUAGCUUCACAAAUAACACCGGCGGCGGCAAACUUAGAUUUCGGUGCUGUAUUCAGCAGAGCACGUUGUAGCUAACUUGACGGCGUCCGCGAAGGGCGGGUUCGGCUCCUCGUGCUAGCCUAUAGUCGGAAGAACAUUACCAAUAGAAAUUAUAAUAAAGCAGCAGCGAGUGCAUAGCUGUUCUUUCCUAUUGUCAUCUCUUAGUAACGUCGCAGAAAGCGUGGAAGUGAUUCGGUGCUUGGACAGAUCCAGGUCGAAUUAGGUUCAGAGAGAUGGCAGACGAGUUAGCUAUCCCCCAGCGGGGCGGGAUCUCAUCGCCUCAUUGCGGCCUUAGCGGCAACGGAAACACUACAACUUCGGGUGCCACUUGUACGACGUCACUUAGCGUAGAAAGCGUACGGAAGUUGUUGGCUCCAUUCAUUGGCUUUGCGUGUACUGACGCUAGCAGUAAUGGCGACAGCAACAACCCACAGCAACCGAUUUGCCAUCAUAGCGACCCAGAAUUAUUCGCAGUCCCGCUCCGCCAAAUGCCGGUCAGUCGUAGGGAGGUGCCCAAAUAUUUACUUCGAGGGGAAGUGAUGGACUGGAUCGUGCAACAUGUCGAUGAUGCGAAAUUUCCACACUUUCUGGCAUGGAAAAUCGCUAGCAUAUGCGCUGAUAACCUUUACAGGGAUAUUGCUACAGGUUCGCAGCAGAUUAAUGCCUUAAACAACGCAGCCAAACGUGAGCUUGAGAAGGUGUGUCGCGAGGUAGACUCGAAUACUGCGCUGCUCGAAGAAUGCCUUAGCGGUGUCUCUUACGGCGCCUCUCCGUGCUCUCCCAGCGGAAUCUCGGUUAAGGCUCUCCGGAACGUUAGAAGGACCAUGGAGGAUCGCCACGUCAUCGUGCCCGACCUUAAUGCCAUCACCCCAUGCUUGAAGCUCGCACCCGUACGCUACGAAUAUUACGCAGUAUUCGACGGUCACGGAGGCCGGGACGCAGCAAAUUUCGGCGCUGCCCAUCUCCAUUUGGUGUUAGCGGAACAACUGGCGCAAGGCUACGCGCCAGCUGACGCCAUCAAAAAAGCUUUCAGUGAAAUCGACAAAAACUUUUGCGGAAGCCCAAACGAGUCUUCCCGUCGAUCUGGCAGUACGGCCGUCGUGGUUUUAAUUUGCGAUCGUCGCAAGUUGUAUGUUGGUUGGUUGGGGGAUUCCGAAGCAGUGCUGGCGCGCGCUGGAACUGCGGAGCCUCUUGUAAUCCCUCAUAAGGCAUCUCUUCAGUCCGAGCAGACGCGGAUCAAGAAACUCGGCGGUAAUGUCCAUUUGAUACAGGGAAUUUAUCGAGUCAAUGGAAAUCUGGCUGUAUCGCGUUCUAUAGGCGACGUGGACCACAAGCCGUAUGUCAGUUGUGACGCCGAGGUAAACUCAGUGGAUCUGGAUAGUGAAUGUGAUUUUAUUGUGCUCGGAUGUGACGGUCUCUUUGACAGUCUGACGGCACAGGACAUCGUUAUCCAUACCUAUCAUGCAGCUUUAUCGCUUCAUUUCGACACGACUUGUGUGGCAGAUCACCUUACAGAGGCAGCCGUAACAAGAGGAUCGACGGAUAAUAUAACGACGCUGGUGGUAAACCUGCGUGAUCCGAAGAAAUGGCGAUACGAGGCGGUAGUGUUCCCGAGCCAAGCAACGUUUGCAACGUGUCUUGGAGUAGGACAACCGUCGCCGGGAGAACAGCUGACCGAACAGCCAGCUGAUGUCUCCAGUCAGCAAACGCGCCUGAACGGUAGUACUACAGACUCAAAACCAUCAACAGCAGUAUACGCAGCUGAAGUACCCAACCUGGCAUCACUUACAGGUGGAGAGGCAUCACCGGUUAGAGAGGUGGCCGCGGACUUCGUUCACAGUGCAGUCGAAAUGGCUCUUAACAAAGUCAACAACAACAACGAGGGGGCACCAGGAGGUCUGGAGCUGACCAGUUGCGAUCUGUCGCCUCCAGAGGGUGAACAGCGAGAUCUGAUCGCAACAUUAAAAAACGAAACCCCAGAGUCAGAGCGACUAAACCCAGAGGCGCCGGAGUUCGUGCCAUUUAGUGCCAGCCUCCAGCCCGCGGAGAAUGCUCCAGUCCCAGCCGCCGACGCAUCCGAUCUGGCCACAGCUACUUCAGCCUCGCUAGCGAUUACGACGGCGGCCAUGGAGGCGAUGUCCAAAUCGGAGUCGAGAGACGAACUUGUUUACGAGAUUGACCGGCAGCUUAGCACAGCACCGGAGCCGGCGAAGGCGGAACUUGUGGAAAUUGAAGAUUGCACAGCCGCUGCACCACCGUGCGCUGCCCCGUCGGAUUCAUCCCCUAUAAAAGCUGGCGAAGGUGCAGGCAUCGUAAAUGUCGAGGCACUAGGCCAGCUUUCAGAUAGUGAAGAUGAGCUCAAUUCAAUGGUGGUACAUGAAGAUCAGCCUCAAACAAACAUUGUUCCUGCUGUAAACAUGGACGUCAAACUGAGCGAGCUGAUUGUCCGUGACCAGAAUAUUCAUGUGAUACCUGAAGAAUCACCAAGCGACGAGAUCGCACUUCCAGCUCCAGAAAUGACAGUGACCUCGCAAGCAUCUGUGGCACCUUCCCCUGUUCCUGAACCUCGAGCGGAUACAAUUAAUAUCGAUGAUCCUACGGAAAAUUUGUUUACAGCGCCAGCUCCCGUUGAUACCCAUUCUCCAGGAUCCGCAGAAAUUCAACAACAAACCGACCCUGUAUCGAGUUCGAUAGGUCAGCUUAGGUCAAAUAAUCAGUCUAAGGAUGGCGAAAUGGAUAAGGAAGGAGUCUCAGUUGUCGAUGCUUCACCUGCGGCUGUUGCUGACAUAUCCGCGCAGCUCAUCCAAGGCGAUCUGCUCAACUUGAUCGAAACCUGUAGUGCCCAGCCAACUAUGCCCUGCGCGUCCGAAGCUGUUCUUCCGGUUACAGAGCCGCUGGUCACUCCUCGAAGUGAUUAUUUAUUCUCAUUGGAAGGUGGCGUGCACGAGGAAGUCAUUAUUCCUAGCGUCCAGCCGCUCCUAUACGACGACGAGCAGCUGCAGCAACCGGAGCAGGGAGCCGCCGAAUCCACUACUACUGCUGCUGCUGCUGGUGAUGCUGCUGCAGCUGCUGGUGAUGCUACUGCUGCUGCUGGUGAUGCUGCUGCUGAUGAGGUUGCUGCUGCUGAUGCUGUUGCCACUGAUACUGCUGCUACUGAUGCUGUUGCUGCUGCUGGAGAACAGUCAUCUGAAGGGAUAAAUCUUAUCGAAUCUAUGAUGGCCAGUAUGACAGUGGAUGAUGGACCUAAGGUGGUGGAUGCUAUUGAAAAGGAACCGGCAGUUGUAUUAAGUGCUACUAGCCCAGUGUCACAGCUCAUCAAAGAAGCAUCACCAGACAAACCUGAAGAACUGAAUAAAUGUGUGGAAAUCGCGCCUCCUGUAGCUGAGAUCAGUGAACCCAAGAACGCUGUAAGUGGACAAGCGGAUAGCCUCAAGCUUGGUAGCAUUCAGGAUAUAAUGGAGAAAUUAUCACCGAGUGAUGCUGAAGAAGCCAAAAUUGAGGCGGCGGAGUCUCAUGGAGCCGCUCCAGUAAUCCCGGAUACAAUUCCGGAAGCCGAGUGCGUGCAGGAUGCUGACUCCGAGUCAGACAACGAAGUUCAAGAGUGGAAAUUCGUCAAAGUUGGAGAAACGACACCUGCUGCCCAAGAGGGAGAAAUAAAAGUUCCCAUUGAAUCGAACUUCCUACCUAUUGAUGCUUCAGUUACAGCGGCUGGUGUUGCAGCUGCUGUUGCCGCCACUGCUGCUGCUGCCGCCAGUGCUGCUGUUGCUGCUGCUGCUGUUUCUGCAGCAACAGCUGAAAGCAAACCUACUGUAGCAAAAGCACAAACGAAGGCUGGCGUCAAGCCAACUGCAAAAGGAUCUACAGCAUCUCCGAAGGCGACAGCAUCAACAAAAACGACAGGCUCCACCGGUGCUAAAGGCAACGCUCCUGCUGCAGCUCCAUCAAAGACUGCACCAAAGGCACCUGUUGCUGCGAAAGCUACUACAGCGGCCAAAUCAACAGCUGUCGCCUCGUCUAAAACAGCCGCUCCUCGAGCUGCUCUUUCAGUAACUACGAAGCCAGCAGCUGCCUCGAAGCCUGCUGCUGCUGCUGCUGCUGCUGCUGCCGCUAAAAUUACCAGUGGCACGACGUCAAAGGUAGCUCCAACUGCCGCGCGGGCACCUGCUGCUAAGGCAGCUGUUGCUCAGAAGACAGCUUCCACAGCUGCGGCUACUGCGGCGAGCAAAACGAACGCGGCGAAGACGCCGGCAACUACAACAACAGCUAAAGCUCUAUCAACGGCCAAGCCAACGUCGAACACGGUGAGUUCGGCUAAAGCACCCUCCGUCCGGCCAGCCAUGCCGCGAGUGGCCAGUACCUCCUCCGCGAAGCCAACCACCACCAGCGCCGCCGCCGCCGUCGCCGCCGCCGCCGUCGCCGCCGCCCCCGGCGCUACCGCGUCAUCUAGUAAACCUCUGGCGAGUACCGCUAAAGCGUCGACAGCCCCGAAGGUACCCUCCACUCGGACCGCGGCGUCCACAACAGCUGCGACAAAGCCAUUAGCGGCGCGAGCGUCAUCUGCUAAGCCUGUGGCAACAGCUGCGACGUCAGCAGUGGCAAAAAAGCCAGCGACGUUAGCUGCGGCUCCCGCUGCCGCUAGCCGAGUGGCGGCUGCGCGUACUGCGGCGGCUUCUCGGCCAGUGCCAAAACCGUCUGCAGCAGGCUCAAGCAACACAGCUGAUUCCAAACCAAAAAGCUCCCUCGCCACUAAAACAUCAUCCACUAACGUUAAAUCAGCAUCUGCCGCGCUGCCGAAGUCGCCUGCUAAAAAAGUCGUAAAACAGGAGGAGUCUAAGAAAAAUCCGAAGGCAGCUCCCGCUUCUACGGCCGCUAUUGUUGAAGAAAAAGAAGACGAUGGUUCAGUCGCUGAAAGUCAACAUCAGGGACUCAACGGUUCAACUGAGACCGAUAUGCAGUCGUCGGUUUCUCCAUCUCAGACAAAUGGCCACAGCGAACAAGUCGACCUCCCUGCUGAGCCAGCUCCUCAGACUGUAGCGGAGCAAAACUAGGAGAAGCCUACAAAUGAACUAUUCGACAUCGACGAGAACCCCAAACUACGGGCUAUCUAUACUGCGCGCGAACUAGCUAGCGAGAUGAAUGAUUAGAAAAGGAAUAUGGAUCAAGAACAAAUUCAACGACGACGACGACGACGACGACGGCUGCAGUAACAACCACCAUCUAAAGCGCAAGAGAGGCAAUUUCGUUCGGAGUUCCGCAUCGUUGAUUUAGCUGUACAGGGCGAUGACUAGACGGAUCAUAAUAAUACGAGGGCGUGGUCUUGGUCAUUGGCACUAUGCGAUGCCUAGUUAGCUGCUCUUCAUAUACCCUAGAUGCCUUCAGUUUGAAGCAAGAGAUGACCGCCCGGGCUACGUCGAAGUUCGCUUAUAUGGUUUGUAUGGCCGCCUGCUUUAACUUAUGUCAAAGGAGAUAUUUAUUGCCUUUGCCAAGAACAACAAAACGCUUUUUAAUAGAGACAAAUAACUCAUAGGAAUGGGAAUGCGUAAACAUGUCUCUCAACUCCAAAUGAGAACUAUAUAGCGGUAAAAGCUAGAACUAGAAAGACAAGAUAAUCCUACGAUGAUAAUGGGCGCUGUUUUUCAUGUAGAAAUUCGACCACGAUAAGAUAAACCGCAAUUUAAAUGCGAUAGUGGGUCUAACCAGACAUGACUGCGUUCAGCUGUUGCGGAAACUGUCAUUGCUGCGAGCAGAAUAUAGAUAAAACAGGUGAGGUCGACAGGAGCACGACGCCCUUAUAAAUUAUUAUGCGACGAUAAUUAUUUAAAAGAAUGUUGUUCUGUUGUCGAUAUACAGUGCUCGCUUUGCGAAAAACCUGGGCAGGAGACGGAUAACGCAACGUGGCUAAAAGCAAAAACAUGUUCUGACGAUUUAGAAGGCAAAAGUGGAGACGAUAUCUUUCUUAUAGUAACAAACUAAAUAAAUAAACGUGCGCAAACAUGGCUCCAUUAAAUAGCCAUAAUAUUUGGUAAAAAAAAAAGCCGGCUAAUGUAACUGGCUGAUACUGAUGUAAAUCAAAAAAAAUCAGGCAACAAUUACAGUAGGAGUUACUAUAAGCUAAACAAAUCAGAUGUAAUAACAAUGCCCUUUUCUGAAGGCUAGGCUACGAGAAAUCUUACUAUAUAACUGUCUAUUUGUUGGCAUCAACUUACCUACGUAUAUGCGUAAACACUUCGGUAAACAUUUGAUAAACAAUUAUAGUCAAUAGGAGCCAGAAAAAAGAAAUCUUUAUGUCAAAAACAACGAAUAUAAAUC